AAGGAGGGUGGAAAGGAGGCAAGGAGGAGGGAAGGAGGGUGGAAGGGAGGUAAGGAGGGGGGAAGGAGGGUGAAAGGGAGGCAAGGAGGAGGGAAGGAGGGUGGAGAGGAGGCGAGGAGGAAGGAAGGAAGGUGGAAAGGAGGUGAGGAGGAGGGAAGGAGGGUGAAAGGGAGGUGAGGAGGGAGGAAGGAAGGUGGAAAGGAGGUGAGGAGGAGGGAAGGAAGGUGAAAGGGAGGUGAGGAGGGAGGAAGAAGGGUGGAAGAAAAGUAAGAGGAAGAAAGGAGGAAGGUAAGGAGGAAGGUAAGGAGGAAGGUAAGGAGGAAGGAACGAGGGUGGAAAUGGAAGAUGAAGAAGGAAGGAAGGAAGGAAAGAAGGGAGGAGGGUGGAAGGGAAGUAAGGAGUUUGGAAAGGAAGGUAAGGGUGGAAGAAAGGAGGGAGGAAGGGAGGUAAGGAGGAAGGACAAGAGCGAGGGUUGA